CACCGUGCACAUAAUACAACACACCUGUUGGUCUGCAGCCCAGGUGUCUGGUCCUCCUCCUCGACAUAUAGUUGACUCACAUGAAGCCUUUUGCUUUUGUUAACACUGCCGGUGUCAAGUCAACAACGAUGAAGACGAGGGGGGUGAAGGAUGCCAGUCACGUCUGCAGGCCGUGUACAUUAAAGACGCGGGCUGUCGUGUUGCUGUCAGAUACACAAGACUUCCAAACGCACGGUGGUCCGCAUUGAUUGACACACUGCGCCACCUGUGCGCCCAGAGACAACGUGAAUCUCAGCUGAGAUCAGCGGUUUCUCUAAAGUCAACCCCCCAUGUCCUCUGUUAUGAGAUGUCGCAGACAGGUCAGACUACAGCAUCCGAUCUGACCGAAGGGUACCCCGCGACAACCCUGACCGUGGUGGUCCUGCUGCUGAUCCCCUGUGUGGUCAUCCUGCUGCUGCUCAACUGUCUGUUCCUGGGCUACAAGCUGCUGGUCCUGUCAAAGAGGCGCAGACUGAAGCGGGAGGACACGGAGGAGCUGCUGCUCCAGUCCACCCUGCGCAGGGUCAGGAGGCUGUCCGACGUGGCCUUCCCUCCUCUGCAGGACGGGAGGAGAGCCUACGUGUCCCUGUCGGAGCCCGUCCUGCCCCAUCCCGUCACCUCCUCCCGGGCGUCAUCCAGGGAGAGGGCCGGGGUGGAUCACGGGUUCCGGCUCCUGAGGCCGGACGGCGCCACCGGCUCGGGGUCCCUGAGGGCGCCGAGCACCAUCCGGGCCACGUCUCCCGCGGCCCGGUUCAGCCCGAGACUCGACCUGGCCUCCGGCUCGCGGACAUACGGCGUCAGCAAAGCGUCAGGCUGGUGCCAGAGCGCACCGGUCCUACCGCAGUCCAGUGACUCAGAGGCGGAGAUCAGAGUGAACCUGGUUCCGCCGAACUCUCCAGCGCAUGAGUCAAACCAGGGGGGUCAAAGUCAUCGCAGCAGCACUUACAAGAUGCUGACAGAUGUGUUACCAGGUGUUGCAGUGCACGUGUUUGACAAAGCAGACAUGGAGUGCGAGUACGCCAACCCACCUUCAGAGGCGUCCUGCCCUAACACAUCUGCCGUGGGCUCCGGACUGGACAGCGACUUUGGUGCAAGUGCAGGCGUGUCCCUGCGGAUUCUGUCAGCAGACAGCGACGGUCUGUCCAACGGCGUCCUGUCUUCAGCGUUGGAGUGGGAUUAUUAUGACCCGUGCUACGUCAAACAGAACAAUGUCCCCAAACAUAAACACCACAGACCGGCAGUGCACACCAAACAGUACUGGGUGUAAACGCAUCGCGGCUGUCGGUGUCAUUUAGUGUUUUUAAUAUUGAUUUAUAUAUCUUUUUUACUUAUUUAUUUAAUUUAAAUAACUUAUUAGAUUUUUUUGGAAAGCUUCAUUUAUUUAAGUUUGUCUCACUGAUGAUCACUAUGACUUUACACUUGUUUAGACUGAUAUACAAGUUUUGAUAAAGAACACUCUGACACUGAAUUUGUUCAAUUUGUUAAAUAUUCCCUACACAUUGUCACUCAAGUUAAUAUAUAACGUUUUACUUUGCACUUCUUCACUCACAUUAAUAUAAAUCAUAGUCACUCUUUCAGGUUAACAGGGCUGUUCGGCCAGUUCUGGUUUUCAUAAACACUCACAUGAAGAUUUCUAUACACUUCUGUUGUUUUUGAAAUAUUUUUGAUUCACUCAGACCAAUAAAGUCUUACUUUGAAAUUAG